ACUUAGUGUCAGGUCUGGCUGAUAUGGGCUGAAUCAGGCUGUCACCUGCUGCAGUACUGAUGAGGUGGGCUGGGCCCAACUUUCACUGUACAUUUCAUCGCUUUUAGAUACAAUCCAAUCCUCUCUCCUUGCAUGCGGGUUCUGAGGAUGAGAUUGGAUAGAACUGAUUGCUUGCUAAUGUCGUCCUGUGAAACUCAAACAAACAGGCAAGCAGUCCUGCAGCAUUAACCAGCUCAGACGCACACAGUGCAAGCAUGUUCAGGUACACUCCUCCAUGGCAGGUGCUGUGCAACAGCAUGGAUCAUGAUUUUAAGAGGCAGGAGCACACUGUGAUCUAUUUCCAUCAUUCUCUGAGACCUCCAGUCCCCAGGCCUGCCCAGAACCAUUCAUCACCCAGAGUCCCAAUGACCAGCAAGCAAAAGCGCUGGGUGAUAAAGCCCUUCUCCCCUAAGCUAGAGCAGUCAGAUUUGCGCUCCAUACUGAGCCCUACUGGCCAACCAAAAUCACCAGAGGACACAUGGAGCAGCAGUCGAGACAGUGACUCUCUCAGUUUCAGGUUCGACAGUAUAUCAGUAACAGGUAUGCAGCCCACUGUUAUGGUCUCAUCAGGGAGUGGUGAAAGCACUCCAGAUGUGGUGGUUCAGGCCCGGCAGGUAGCAGUGUCUGAGGAUGGAAGUGAAAAUGAGGACUGGAGGCCCAGCAGCCCCAGCAAUCUCAGUAGCCCUGGAACCCCAAGCAGCACAGGCUCUCAUGUUGGGUUCUAUUCCUUUGUAGAUGACCCAACCAGCCCAGAGGCAGGGAUGAAUGAGGCCUACAUGGUAUCUCCUGAGAGACUGGCCAAACUGAACACCUUGAAGGAGAAAAAUUCCUUUAAGCUGCAAACGUACGCAGAGGAAACAAGACCUGGAAGACUGUUUCAAGAAGCUAAUGGAGAUGCCCCUUACAUAGUUGAAGAUGCCUUCACAGUGCAUAAAGUUGAGGAGGAAAAUCCAGACAGAAUGGAGAUAAUUCGGAGUCAGGCUCCAAGGAAAAACCCUGCCCUCAAAGAACAGUGGAGUGCCUUAGAAAAUCUGGACCUUAGUUACACUCCCCAAAGACUCAUGGAUGGGUUUAGUCUAUGUUACAAUCCUGCAAGUUCAAAUGCUCAACAGGUCAGUGCUGAGCCUGGUGCCAUAGACAAUGAGCAAAUUGACUUUAAAGCUGCACGUAAGCAGUUUCUAAUGAUGGAACAGUCAAAGCAGAACCCCUUCCUACAGAGUCCACAGCCGCUCCCUUACUCCCCCAAACUGAGAGGAAGAACUCUAUCCCCAAUGGCCAGCAUCUUCACACCCAAACAACUAAGUAAAGAGGACAGCCCUAGGGAGAAUCAAAUCCCACUGAGAACACAACAAGAGGCAGAAAAACCAACUGUAAUUAUGACUGAGUAUCCAGAAGAUGGAGUUCAGAGUGGUGCCAUAGAUGAUGCUGACACUGGCCUUGGUGACCGAAAUGGAGGUUACGCCAGUGAUGGGAGCAUUUCAAAUGAUCCGACCAUUUCAGAUAUGGGAAGUAGCUUGUCAGUGCCUAAUGCAGGGGAGACUCCCAUUGAAAGGGAAAUCAGAAUUGCACAAGAACGAGAAGAAAGCCUACGACGAUUAAGGGGUAUCUUGCACAAAGAUCAUUCUGAGAUAGUGGAGAUCAAGACCAAGCCAAUUCUGUCACAGUCAUCUCCACAGUUGAAGCCUCCAAAAACCAAAGAAACAAACAGGGUGAGUUUCCUCAUUCAGAGAGAGCUUGACCUUGAGAAACGACGACAGAGCCAAAAGGUUUCAAGCCUUCAUAACCAAGAGACUCAAGGUGAAGCACAAGACAAGCUGAUUACAUCGGAGUCACAACCAGAAGUUCCAAUCACAUCUUUAAGGACAAGUCCCAGAGAGAGUCCCACAAAUGAUCUACAGCAAAGAGAUGUCUCUGUGGUGGACCUAUGGACUGCAGAGAAACCUGUACUAAUAGAUGAAGUUGACCUCCCUGAGUCAGAGGAAGUUCUUUCACCUUGCUGCCCCCAUCGACAUCCAGAUGAAUCUAUGUUUCAGAGAAACUACAAAGAGAGCAGCACAACUGAAAACCAAGAUGUAAAAGUCCAUAUUACUGCAAAUCCUGAUGAAAAUAUCCAUUCUAAAGUAAGGGUUUUUAAAGAAAAUGUUUUUGAGACACAAAAUAGUUAUCUAAGAACAAAUAAAGUGCCAUCCUGGAUUGUGCAAAAUGGCAACAGCAUGUCUGGGAAGGACAGAUUAUCCUCCCCACUGGAACCCAAAAAAACUUUUUAUACCCCUACUUGGAGGUCUCGCCUUGAAUGCACCAGUUGGAGUCCCCAAAUGCAGAAUGCCCCAGACAGCAUCCGCCAAGAAAUCGAACAAGACCUUAGGCGAGAACAGGAGCUCCAGGAGCUGAGAGAUUCAAGUAGCCAGUCGUUCUCAGUACCCAUCUCAGCACCCAUGACUCCAGUGCUAACUUCUGUCAAAUCCAGGUCCCUACCACCCACUAGUGAGGAAACGCUUUCCUCAACACAAACUUCACAGAAGUACAUGAUGAAAGUAGAUUCUGUACUUCCAGAAAAAAAGAAGACUGAUUAUAGUUAUUCCUGUAAUCUGGACACUUCCACGGUCUCCCAGAUAUCCAUGGCAGAUAAAAGUCCACCAUUGUUCUCAUCACGGCUCAGUUCCAGACUACCCUCGGUGUCCAUAAUGACACCCCAGCCAUGGGGCAGCUCAAAGCCCAUGCCCCCUACUCCUUCCUGUGUAACCCCCAUCAAGCCCUUAAGCCCACUUGCUGAAGUGCCCUCGCCUCUCUCUCAGAAAGGUUUGACAGAGACAUUGAUGAAAGAUUUUGAAGACAGACGGGUCAAACUGAAACUAGAGGAAAGCGCAUACGCUGGGAUCCAACCCAUUGAUGAUAUAAAUAACGAGGUCGUAGAAGCCACCCGUGUAAUAAGGCAUAAAAACCAGCGAGCCCUGCAGUGGGAGGCUGGCAUGUACACCAACCAAGAGAGCAAAUGAAUUGGCACCAAGAUGACUGGAUUCACACAAUGCUCAUCCAGCACCGCUGAUGAAAUCAUUGUGACAAGAUCGACUUGAUGGGCUGGUUUAAAUUUCAUAUUGUACUUACAGGCACACCACUCUUUAGGCCAUCUCACUCUAUGAAUAAAGCAAAAGCCAAAGAAACAUUCAUGAACAUGGAACAUUGUUUCCAUCUUUCUCACAGUUUAGAUGGCUGCUCAGAAAUGACUGGUGUGAUGAAACUAGGUAUGGAUAGCAUCUUGCCUGCUUGGGGUGAAUUGUAUGCAUUUGCUUCUGUAGGGAAGCUCUGGUAGUCUGUCAAAGACAUACAAAAACUUAAACUUCCUUUAUAAAUUUCUCUGCCCAGUGCUAACAUUUAAAAUACAAUCUCAGUUAAAAUGAGAAUGAAAGGAAAUAAACACAUCAUUUAUUCUUAAAACACACACACAGAUACACAAAAAUACAUAUUAUGGUAGUUUUUAAAUCAAUAUAAAUCUGUCACUUGAAAAUAAAAUAUUAAUUUGUACUGCAGAUUAUUAGUUACUGACCUCCAAAUCCCCAGAGCUAAAUGGACAGGCCAGCCUGUUUUUUUUAUUUUUUAAGUGGAGUCACAGAGCUUGUUCAUCUGUAUUGAUCUCAGUGUAUCGAAGUAGAUUUUUUUCCCCUUCAUGACUAACACGAAAAAAUAUCAAUAGAAGAACACUUACGAUUCAGUGAAGUUGUGACUUUUACAGUAUUGAAAAUUUGAUGUCAGGUAUUUAUCUUGAAAAAUUACUAAAAGAUAAAGUUAUGUCACCACCACUCACAAGAUUUUUUUUUUAUACUAUGGGUUAAAUUACCUUCUAUGUAUCAAAAUUUUGGUAUGUUAUCCAAAAAUGCAACUUGUACACUAAUUAAUGUCAUUAAAGGGCUUAUAAAAGGUUUGAUAUUAA